AGAAAAAAUUUAGGGUAAAAUUUUACCCGUCGUGCUGAGCUGCGAGCCCCGCUGGUUUCACUGGCGCACGCGUCUCGAAAUACAUUGACGUCCCCGUCGCGCCAUCUUUAGAAAACUGAGAGCCCAACACUGAAUGAAACUUCAUUUUCACUGUCCAUGAGGACUGCUUGCUGCAUGGAGUGAUAUCAUUACAUUUCCAGGUGACGCUAUUGUGUAGCGAUAUUAUCGCAGUGAUAUAUUUGUGUCGUUCAUUGUCGAAAUCGUGUGGUUUUGUGUCGUAGUUGAAGACAUAUCUCUCAGGUAACCAUGCUAAUGCUAACACCAGGCCUAACUCUAGAUGAAUGCUUCGGGUGACCGUGCACCUAUUUAAAAGCAUAAUAAAAAGAAUAAGCGACGAUAGUAAUGUGAGGGAGGGAGUUCUGCACAUUUCCAAGUCAAAAUGUGCCCUAUGUAGUCAGCUGUAGAGAUCAAAUAAGACUUUGAAAGCGCUAUUGUUGAGCUAACUGUAGAGUGCAAGUUAAAAACAAUCAAGCCUGCAUUUACUGGGUCAGUAACCCUGGUUCGAUUUGCGAUGAUUUGCAGUGACUAUGCCGUAAUUUUAGUUUGCAGUGAAUGGUUUACAGUGGCUAGUUAUUUUAAGUAACGCCCUGAUAGUAAAACGAGGUGGUUUCGGAGGAUUUUAUUGCCUAACACAGCAGAGAAAGUACUGUGAGUCUCCAGUCUUGUGUAUCUCACCUGUGCUUCUUGCCCUCAGGUGUUUGAUCAGCAAAGGUGAUCAUGGGGAUUAAAGCUCAGCGUCCUCGGUGCUUCCUCGACAUCGGAAUCAGCAAUGUUUUUAGUAAGUGAAUAACCUUACUGUUCACAUUCUCAGGUAUUAAACUCAUUAGUCUGAGGCUAGAAUUGAAGAGAUAUUCUUGUGUAAGUGUAAUCCCUGGUCAAACACACUGUAACACCGAGUUAGACACCCCAUUGAGAGAUGAAUGUUGCCGACUGCUUGCUUCUCUAGUUAUGCCAACUUUGGUAACCACUGCACGAUAGCAAUACACAGCGGUCUGAGGAGCCACACACAAACCUCAACCAAAACGCCACUCUAUAGCCACAAAUAAUACUCAGAACAGCACCUAACUUCAUCAACAGUACAUAUAGGGUCACAGCCAUGGUACUAAUCACCAAACAUCUUUUUAACUUUGCCUGAUUUCUUUAGCAAAGAGACUUAACACAACUCACCCACUCUCUUCCAACAGCCGCUUGCUUUUAGCAUCCAUCACGGACUACAGUGGGGUGACGCAGCUCAAGGAAGAACAUUUAUGAUAAUUUCUUCAUGGAAAUGCAAUCAGACCGAGAAGCUAAGGCAGGAGAACUACCGCGUCUGCAGUGCAAAACGAUUAAUAUGGUGAUUAUUACUUCAAGGAAAUGAUCAUAAAUGUUCCUCCUUAAGCUCCGUCACCCUGCAGCAGUCCAUAAUGGACUGGCCUGAGGUCUCAUUACAAACAAGCGGCUGCUGAAGGAAAGUAUGUGACUUGUGUUUAGUCUCUUUGCUAAAGAAAUUAACCCUAUGUACUGUUGAUGAAGUUAGUUGCUGUUCUGAGCAUUAUUUGCGGCUAUAGAGUGGCGUUUUGGUUUGUUUAUGGCUCCUUAGACCGCUGUGUAUUGCUAUUAUGUGGUUGUUACGGAAGUUGGUAUAACUAGAGAAGCCAGCGAUCGGCAACAUUCAUCUCUUGAGGGGGUGUCUAACUCGGUGUAAGGGUGUGUUUGACCCUAAAUAUCCCUUUAAUGUUUCAGGGCAGCCCAGCAAUAAGUGGUGUCUUCAUCAUAGUCAGUUUGAGAAAGGUUUCUUGAUGUUGACAGUGAUCAUAUAUCUGAUAGAGAUUUUUUUCACAAUGCUCUUUCUUUAUAGUUGGCAGAGUUGUGGUGGAGCUGUUUUCAGACAUUUGUCCCAAAACAUGUGAAAACUUCAGGUGCCUCUGCACAGGUGAAUAUGGGUUUUUUUUUCCACAUGAGUAUGACCAUAAUGUUUUCAUGUUUAAGCUCAUAUUUGUAUUUAUACACACUGUGGUUUCAUAAAGGUGAGAAAGGCGUUGGGAAAGGAACUCAAAAACCUCUUCACUACAAAGGAUGUCUGUUCCAUCGGAUUGUGAAAGACUUCAUGAUUCAAGGAGGAGACUUUAGUGAAGGUAAGUUACAUUAUAUUGAGAACGGGCUCUUUUAAUAUGUACACAAAAGGUCCAAAUAUGGCCUGCUGCAAAAAGAUAAUGAUACAGUUGGCAAAGCUGUCCGUUUUUAUCUGGAACUUAUAGAGUAUGCAUAGGCUGGUAUGAUCUUCUGAUGGUAUGACUACCUUAAGAUAAACUAUUACAGUUACAUGUAACCCCAGUUUUGUGAGUGCAGCUCUAUAAUGUGUAAUUUUGAAAUGUCUUGCACUCUGAGUAAGAGGGCAUUUUUCUCCGUUGAUCGUUAUUAUCUUUUUUUAUUUUCGAACAACAUAAAAAUGACUGCAUUAUGAAGACUAAACAGUUGACCCCACAGUCAACAAUAGUAUUGUCAUGCCAAAUAUCUGUUGUCUGUAGCUCUACCCUUUGCAAAUUUUAAUUCUUUCUUUGGGAUCGUAGGCAAUGGAAGAGGAGGGGAGUCCAUCUACGGAGGCUUUUUUGAAGGUAAAGAGGCCACAGUCAAAGCUGUCAGUUGUUAUCCACACCGACGUUGGCUUCAAGAUGGCAGUACAAUCUUCUCCUUUUCCCCCAGAUGAAAGCUUUGCCGUCAAACACAACAAGGAGUACCUGCUGUCUAUGGCCAACAGGGGCAAAGACACAAAUGGAUCCCAGUUUUUCAUGUAAGCAUUGAUUCUGUUAAUACAACUUAUAGCUCGAACUCACCAGAGCUCAAUCUGGAGCCAAACCAAUAAUUAUGUGCCCUUCUGUUUUUCUGGGACGGCCUGCUGACACCUCAGAACGACAAAACCCUCACCACAUUUAGAUGGGUAAGUUCCACUUGAAACAUCAAUCAAUUUUACAGUGGUUUGCUUCAUAUGUCUCAUGCAGCUGUAACUGAAGCUGAAUACAAUCCUUGAUUUCUCAGUGUCCAUGUAGUUUUUGGUCAUGUGAUCUCUGGCCAAGAGGUUGUUCAAACCAUGGAGAACCAGAAAGCUGAUCCUAAUAGCCGACCAUAUGCUGAAGUGAAAGUGCUGAACUGUGGGGAGCUCAUCCCUAAAUCCAAAGGUUGGUUUGUGAGAGCCACAAAUGUCAAACCUGGGGUUUGCUGAUAGUUUUGUAUUGUAACAACACAGGCCUUCUAAACAACUUCUGAUUCUUUGCAGCAAAGAAAGAAGAGAAAAAGAAGGAGCGAGCUUCUUCCAGUUCCAGCAGUAGCUCCAGCGACUCUGAUAGCUCUUCAAAAUCCUCCUCUGACUCUGAAGAAUCAGAGAAAGAAUCAAAGAAGAAGAAGAAGAAGGCCAAAAAGCUCAAAAAGAAACAGAAGAAGAAGGAGAAGAAAAAGUAAAUACUUAAAUUUCUUCUUCUUUUUUUUUUUUUUUUGCAAACAACACAAUCAGUAUCUUGUUGUAAUUCAAAUUCUGAAAUGCUCCUUCAGGUCAGAGGCUGAAAGUGCUGAAGAAAAAGAACAAGAAGAUUUGGUUACUUCUACAGUACGUCCUGAAGAAAUUCCCCCUAUCCCAGAAAACCGCUUCCUCAUGAGGAGGAGUCCGCAAGCGGCUCAAAAGCCCACAGAGGAGCCUGAGAAGAAUGAAAGAAAGAAAGAGGAAAGGCAGAGAGAGAGGUCGGUCUACUUGACUUACAGCCUUUAUGACAAACAUCCAAAUAUUAAUUCUUCUAUGAAUUUAUGCCUUGUUUUUGUUUUGUUUUUUCUCUUUCGUAAGUGCUGGCAUAUCGUAUAAUUCUCAGUCAGCCUAUCACAGACGACUAUCGAUGACUCGAUCUGGAAGGAAGAUUAAAGGCAGGGGUCCAAGGGUAGGUUCACUGCACCAAUGAAGAGAGCUUGGCUGAGAUUUUGUCCAUACACAUAACAUUUAAUUUCCCCAGGUAUAAAGAUUUAGUGGGUGAUUUUUCAGUCUGUUCAGAAUCUGUACAACAGGAGUAACUGAUUUUUUUAUUUUUUUUUUACCCAGCGAUACCGCACUCCGUCACGCUCUCGAUCAAGGUCUAGGGAUCGUUUUAGGCGCAGUGAAACCCCUCCACAUUGGCGUCAGGAGAUGCACCGUCAGAGGAUGAGGGCGGUCACAGGGGAGCGCUGGAUCAAGGGUGACAGGUGAAAACCUUUUUUUUUUUUUUGAAGACCUCUAUCUUUGUUUUUGUUUUUUUUUUUCACAUUUUUGAGCACUGUGCCUGUUUUAACAAAAGUAAUAAAUCCUUUCAUAUAAGCUCAAGAUCCUUUCUGUUAUUGAUUGCCUUGUUUAGUCUAUAACAUGUCCUUUCAUGUUUUGUUUUUUUUAUCAGAGGUGACAUGAAUGAAGCCAAGGAUGAUGCUGGGAAAGCUCAAAAAAGAGAGAGAAAGACAUCCAGCUCUAAACAUGGAGAUACAGCUGACGGCAAAAAAGACAAGAAGACUCAGUCCCAUAGAUCCAGAAGUAAGGAUGGAGAUGCUACGGAGAAGGAUGAGAAGCAGAGCAAACACAAGGCAAAGAAAAAGGACAAGUCUCAGAGCCGCAGUAAAAGCAGAGAAAAGAGUAAGCGCUCCAGAAGCAGAGAGAAAGGGCACAAACACAAAAGUGAUGACAGAAGAGGCCGCUCGAGGAGCAAAGACAGAAGCACCAAUAAGAAAGAGAAGGAGUCCGAACCUGAACACAGUAAAGAUAGAGAGAAGGGCAAUGAGUUGGAGAAAAAGAAUAAAGAAGAUGCUAAAGGAAGAAAUAGAGAGAGAACCAGGACAAAGUCAAAAAGCAAGGAGAGAUCAACCACAAAAGAUGGGCACAGGUCUAGUAGCAGGAACAGGAGGUCUAGUAGCAGGAACAGGAGGUCUAGUAGCAGGAGCAGGGACAAAAGUAGACCUGCAGCUUCGAAAGACAAAGAAGAAAAAGGAGAAAAAGACAAAGAAAGAGGCCGAGAGCGCAGCAGGAGCCGAGAGAGGAGGCGCAACAGUGACAGAGAGAAUAAGAAGCGAGGAUCAUCCAGGGAUAGGGAACGUCGGACAAGAAGUCCUGACAGGAACAAGCCCAGAGAGUCCCACAGAGGCAGACGCUCCAGAAGCAGGAGCAAUAAGAGAAACCGCAGCAAAGACCACUCUACUCAUAGGAAGGAAAGAGAGAGAGAGACCAGCAACAGGAGGAGGAGACGUAGCAGCAGCUCUGACAGCGAUAGGGACAGGAAGAGCAGGAAGAGUCCAGAAGCCAAACGGGGGAGAGACAGAAGCAAGUCCAAAUCAAGGGACAGGAGAAGUCCAGCUAAGCCAAAACCCGACAGUACAAAAGGUAAAGAUGACAGAAGCAACAGUAAGAGGAAUAAAUCGAGCUCCAGCUCAAGCUCUGACAGCGAUUGAAUUUGUCAUAAUUGAAGAUCAUUUGGAUGGAGGUUUGAAAAUCUUUCCCCAUUUUACGCCCAAUACACAGAUGAUAUGCAGCUUCAGGUUUCUAUCCAGAGUGGUGCUCUCAUAUCAUUCAGCCAGUGGUUCACUCUGAACCUCUGACUAUAUGAAAAGGUUAAAAACCAACCUCCACCUCCUCCAGCCGUGCAGAAGUGAAGCCAGAAAUCCCUGAGCCUAGUUUAAUGUUAAAGUCACCCAGUAUCCCUCCUGUCAAGACGGAGGAGGCUGAGUUAUUGAGCCUUGAACGGUUUGAUUUCACUCUUGAUGAGCAUUCAUGUCGACCAUCUUUUCAGUCCACGUUACCAUUAAAUUAGUUCCCCUUGCGUGGAAAAAAAAGAUGUGACAAAGAAGUGAAAAGAAAAAGACAAAGAUGACAGCUUCACAUGAGCUUUGGCUGACAUGGACUUCAAUUUAGUUUUGAAUAGAUGCUGUGAAGGGUGUAGAUUUUUUUUAACCUUAUGAGUGCAUUUUACAGCUGAUGGGAAGCUGAAGCUGCUCAAACUCUGCGACUGAUGGGGAAUUGAAUGGUUAGUACUGACGGUAAGAACAGGUAUUCUCUGAACUGUACAUGGAAGGAGGAAGGCAGGUUGAAGUAUUUUUAUUAUUUUGCAUUCUUGGGUAAAUUAUUUUUGACUUUGCAAUAGUUUUAAUCUCAGACAGUGUAUGAAAAGCAUAUCCAAGAUUUUAACGCAAAACAGUUUUUGUCCAGACACUGUCCUCUAUAAUUUCUUUUAAUUCUAUAUAACACAGCUGGUUUUAAGAAUGAGGAGCGCCUACAUUCUGAAAAUGUUUCUUUCUGGUUUGACUUUCACCAUAAUUUGAAAGGUAUUAUUAUUUCUUGCAUGCUUCUCCCAGUCAUUGUUUGAUAAAAUGUACAACCAUGACUUUUUAAUUUGUAAAUCCACAACCCCUUUCUGUAAACUGUUUGUAACCAGUUUUUGAAAUACCUCUGGUUUAUUUUGAAUGAAAAACAUGGAAAUGUCAUGCUGUAAUUAUACAUACAAAAAAAUCCAUUGGUAUACUUUGUGUUUUGUGCAUGUUGGUUACAAGAUGGAGUCCAUUGAGUUUUGAAAGAAUUAAAAGGCUGGACUUUGAUUUAAACCAAAAUGGGUGAAUGAUCUGCUCAUACUGUCACAGACACACUCUGCUGUUAGUUAUCAGCUUUCAGAUUUACAGUGAUCAACAGUGUUAACAUAACAGGAAAUACACUCUACUCUAUUCCUUUUCAUCCAAAGAGGCUUAUUUGAUGCGGUUUUGGUUUCAGCUUGGUCGGUGUAAGCUGGAGCCCAAAUUUUAGCCUGGUUAAGUUCAUCAAUAUAUUUUGUUGAUAAACAGAAAAAUAAUCUUCAUGUUGAAUUUUAUAUAAGAAAGAAGUACAUUGUUGUCAGAGUUCACCCAAAGGAUUGAGAACACAGUCAAGUCCACUACAGUCUAUGGGCAAAACGUAUGAAGGAGGAUCCCAACAAAAGUUUGUAAAAUACCUGGGGUCCGUUUCACGUAGGUGGUUCAACAAACUCUGAGUUAAAUCCUUAACUCUGAGUUGAUCUACUCUGAGUUAGGAAACUCUGAGUUUCCGGUUUCCCAAUACCUGAUUUGAGACGGUUUUAACAACUCCGAGUAGUUUGACCUGGAGUUAAGCAGGUGCACGCCAGACAUAAACAGCCAGCAUCUGUGGAGCGCAGAUUCAAUGAUCAACCAAUGGAAACAGGGAGAAGGAGGGGGCAGCAGCAAGCCAACAGCGAAUUACAGCACGUUUUUAAAAGAAAGUGCAAUACAGCAGCAGCUGCAAAGGAGAGGGAGAGGGCUUGGGAGGAAAUCGCUGCUCGCGUCAAUGCGUAACUUUAAAUCUAGUCUCGUGCAAUCACAAUGACAGACUGUUGCAGGGAAACUGCUUGAAUCAUUUUGAUCAUGUUUUACAUUGUGAAGUAAGUAUUAAGUGGCAGUUUGAUCCCUUAGAAAAUGCUCUUUUCACACUCAAAAAUGAAUUUUACUCUCUUAUGAUGUUCCGUUAAAUGAUUAGGAAUAUUAAACUAACUCUCAUUAUGUACAUAUAUUAAACUAACACACACUACACUCAAUAUUAGACUUUCACUCAGCAAACAGAAAGAGGGAAGAUGCCAGAAAAACGGGUGGUGGCCCAGCAGCCCCACCUUUAACGGAGGCAGAGGAGCUCCUCUGCCUCCGUUAAAGGUGGGGCUGCUGGACCACCACCUGUUUUUGUGUUAGUUUAAUAUUCCUAAUCAUUUAACGGAACAUAAGAGAGUAAAAUUCAGUUUUGAGUGUGAAAAGAGCAUUUUUUAAGGGAUCAAACUGCCACUUAAUACUUACUUGACAAUGUAAAACAUGAUCAAAAUGAGAAAAUGCCGAUGUCUCACCUGAAACUCUGGGUUUACUGAGUUAAACCUGCUCCCGAGCAGGUUAGGUUCACGGAGUCUGUUACUGUGGUAACUGACCGCGAGGUUGAGUUACCUCUCUUUGUGAAACAGGUUAGAGUUACCCCUCUCUCCCUGGUUUAACUAACCCUCCUUUGUGAAACGGAAAACUCAGAGUUUCCCUGAUUUCAGGGUUAACAAACUCAGAGUUUCCACUAAACCUGCUACGUGAAACGGACCCCUGUUCACAAUAGAGUUGAGUACAAAAGAGUAAAAAUUCUGCAGAGUGAUUAUUCCUCUAUUAGCCAGAACAUUAACACUAACAGAAAUCAUUGAUGUUGAAUACCUCACUACAAUGGCACCUGUCACUUAGUUGGAUAUGUUAAGCAGCAGGUAAACGUUGUGUCAUUGGAGCUGCAAAAAUGGACAAGGGUCAGGGGUGAGCAACUAUGGCAACGGCUGAACUGCGAUGACUGCACGACUGGGUCAUAACAUCUGGAAAACUGUAGCUCAUGCAGUGUCCUUGGUCUGCAGUAGUCAUUGCUAACCUAAAGUUUAAGGGCAGAAAAUGCUUGAUCUGGAGUCCAUGUCAUGGUUGGCCAAGACUUGUGCUCCCUGAUAAACUAUCUCAUAAUUCUAUUUAUUAUAUUUUGGGAUAUGUGAACAUGUUGCUCCUCUAUACAUGUUUGAAAUCAGGCAAUAAAAUGACAUGUCAAUAGUGCUCAUAACUCCAAUUUAUUCUUAUUCACCACAGUGAUGAAUUGAGAGGUUCAGAAACGGCUCCUGUUUAGGAUGGUAACGUCCGCAGUUCAAAGAAUCUUAAAGAAACGAUCUAAGAACAAGAGUAACCAGCUGUCAGAGUCCUCUCACCAUGUAAAUCCCAGUCUCCUCUUUGCAUCUUGAAUAUCUACGGCCUCAUGAAGCUUUUUGAUGUCCUGAGUAACACCAGACACAUACUUCGGCAUUUGCACACCAGUGCAGUCCUGAACAAGGUACCUGGGCCUGACUCCACCGUACACAGGACCAUGACCUCCUCCAAACCCUUCUCUUGCAGCCUUAACCAGAGGCAGCACAUUUCGCUCAGCCGCUGCUGCUUCAUUAAUGACUUGCAGUGAAUAUUGCUGAAACUGUCGGUCCUCUUCAGCGAUGAGCUCCAUCUUCUUUGCCUCAAACUCGAACUCUUCUUUUCUCAACCGCUGAUCUUUAGCUUCUCUUUCAGCCUGUAUUUGAAAAAUAAAAGAUAAAUGUUUUUGUUUUUUUCUUCAGAGAGGAAAGUCACAAGUAUGACAAAGUAUUUAUAACUAUGAUGAUGUUGUGAAGACAGUUUGUUCAUCACCAUCUGUGCUGCAAUAAAGUCCUUUAAUUUUCUUUCAUCUUCUCUGAUCUUCUGAGCCUUCAGUUGCUGUUUCUCAGAAAAUAUUCUGUCAGCUUCUUUUUUGGCCUCCAGUCUUUCUCGGGUGAUCUGUUCAUCCAUUUUGUCCCUCUGCUCCUUUUCCUUAAUCUAAUGAAGUAGUUUGUGUUACAGUUGAGUUAAAAUCAAGAAUUAAAAAAAGUCUCAGGCAUAGCAAGAUUACAAAAGGAAAAGACUCUGUAGGUUUGAACCCACAGGUUUUGACUUAAGUGACCCUUAUGAAGUUACCGUGAGCUCUCUAUGUGCAGCGAUGGACUCCAGCAUCUUCGUCCUCUUCUCAUUCUCUUCUUGCUGCUGUCGGGCUUGUUUCGCCUCCUGCUCAGCCACGGCUUUUGCAAUUCUCUCCUCCUCAUCUGUGGUUUGCUCCUGCUUUCUGACAGUCAGUUUGUCCAUAAUUCGCUCUCUGCGUUCCUGAGCCUCACUGAAACAUCACAGGUGUGUUUAAGUCCUAUUAUACUUCUUAGAAACACAGACAUAUCACAGAGGUCUUAAUUUUUUCUUUGCCCUUACUUAAACAAUUCUUUUUCUCUGUCUUUCCGCAGCUUUAUCAUUUUCUGUUUCGCAGCAAGAAACAGGGUCCUUUGCUUGUCUUCAGCUUCUUGUUUUUGUACGUCAGCCGCUCUAAUAAGAUCUCUGUUUGUGAGAUGUUCCUGCAAAUACAGAGCUUUUUAGAGUGAAUACAUGUGCUAUGAAAAAAAGCGUGCAAUUAAUGAACAAGCUGUGCUGCUCAGAUGCUACCAGGUGAGCUUGCAUCAGGUCUUUCCUCUUCUUUUCUUCUUGUUCUCCCUCCAUUCUUUGUUCCAGCAGAUAAAGCUCCCGAAGCUGUUGGAUUUUCUCUCCUUCCUUCUUGUCCUCCAGCUUCUCUUGCUCUUUGAACAGCUUCUUUUCUUUAAUCCUAAAGGGUGGGAAAGAUUUCCAAAUAAAAUGAAUUCUCUACACAUCUCCUCCAGCUCUUGUUCGAUAUUAAAAUCAUGUUUUUAUUUUUCUGAUGUCAGACUUACUGGUUUUUCAAGUCCUCUACAACAGUCUGUCUUUCGAGGUUUUUUUCAAGUGCUUUCUCCUUCUCUUUUCUCAAAGCCUCAACCUCUCUGGUCUUCUCAAUAUCAGUGAAUUUUUUGUCCACAUCUUUGGAGGCACUCUGAAUUCUUUGCUUUAACUCGAUUUGAGCCUCUCUCUCUUUUAGCACCUCAGUCAGCAAAAGGGCACGCUGCAGAAACAGGUAAAAUAAGUCCAUAAGGUUUACAUCACUGUCACCAAUUCAUAAAUGUGGGUUUGAAGAUCCUGAACAGUACUCACAUGUAAUCCUUUAACUCGGUCAGUUUGAUAAUACAUUUGAGUCUUGGCUUUCUCAAUGGCCUCUUUCUUCCUCUGCUCCUGAUAUUCAGCCUCUUCUUUAUCAAUCUGUUUCCUUUUUUCUUCCUCAAUCUGCUCCCGGAUCUUCUUUGCCUCUAGUUUUUUUUGCCUUUGACCCUUUAAUGUAAGUCAACACACACUCUGUUAACCCGCACAGUGACCUUCACAGGCACAUCUUGAUUCUAACAGAAACCCACACCAGGAACACUUACAGCGAUGGUAUUGGACCACGUUUUCACCACCUCCUUAGACUGCAUAUGGAGUUUUUCUCUCUGUCUUGCCUCCUCCCUCAUUCUGUCUUUCUCUCUAUUGACCUGGUUCAAUUCAUCUUGAAUCCUCCGCCAUUCACUCUUGGACAGGACAGCAAUUUGUUGGAGGUCUGGUGGCUGGAUCAUUUUGUUGGCAUCAUCUGCUGAAACCACUAUAAAAAAGGAAAUUACAAAGACUGCAUGACCCAACAUUCAACCUUUAUUAAUAUAGUUUUCAUAAAGGGAUUGAUUAAUAGUUUUAAACAGUCAUUUAUUAAGUGCUUCUAUCUUGAAUUUGACAUACCUGGUUUAAUCAGUUGAAAUAUUGAAAUUAAUAUCAGCAUUAAAAGACAAGUUAAGGUUAUAUUAUUUAUGGUCUUGCCUUACAAAAGUGUUUUUUAGGUGCUCUCGGGCAUGUCUAUAAUAACCAGUACAGAUAUCCAGAUUUUGUACCUUACUGCCACCAAAACACGUUAUGUCAUAGCUACUAACAUAUCAAAGGUCUAUUUGUGCUUUUUUAAUGUUUAGCUUUAGUUUUUGUGUGAAAUAAUCAGGACAGGAGGCAGAUUCUGAUUUCUUUGCACAGUAAACUAACUCAGCAGUUUUGAAGCUCUUACCUCUCCUGCUGGAGCCUCUCCGUCGACCGUGUUGAGCAACCGAGGCCAUUUGUUUUCUAAAGAUGAAAUCACACAAAACUAUUACUGCCGAGUUAAAAAGAAAAUUAAGAAAUUAAGUUACCUAGUGAACGUUUAGUUUUUCCAGGCGAUUCAAAGCUGUGUUACUGUCGCACUGUUGUGUUGUAUCCAGGCAACAGCUGAACCAAUCAGAAGCCUUUCCGCUGACGGACGACAGGCGGCGCUGUGUGUUAAAACUUCACCAGUAACACAAUGAAACAUGACUUGGGUUUUGAUCAGAAAAGGAAAAAAUAGACAGUCAAUUUUAAGACGCCUACCAGAGUGAAAUAAUGACACUGGAGGGAUUGAAUUAAAUUGGUUGAAAGAAUAAAGUAUUUAAUUUAGCUUUUAAGUUUUAAUUAGAGGCUCAUGAGUGAAACAAUCCUUACAUGUAAAGCAACCUCUUUCAUAAUAAUCACAAUAACUUCAUCAAAAAUCCUUUAGCCAACU